UCUCGCGAGAAGAGGCCGUUGCCGUAGCGGAGCCCUCUGGCUCUGGGAGAGCGUGUGAGUGGCUGUGAGCCGCCGCCGGAGCCGCGGACGGUUUGCCGAGCCCGUUAGUGCCGCCGGCCCAGACUCCCCGCCGCCGUCAUGUCCCGCUACCUGCGCCCCCCCAACACGUCUCUGUUCGUCAGGAAUGUGGCCGACGACACCAGGUCAGAAGAUUUACGUCGGGAAUUUGGUCGUUAUGGUCCAAUAGUAGAUGUUUAUGUUCCACUUGAUUUCUACACUCGACGGCCAAGAGGAUUUGCCUAUGUUCAAUUUGAGGAUGUUCGUGAUGCUGAAGAUGCUUUACAUAAUUUGGACAGAAAAUGGAUUUGUGGGCGUCAAAUUGAAAUACAGUUCGCACAAGGGGAUCGCAAGACACCAAAUCAAAUGAAAGCCAAGGAAGGGAGGAAUGUAUACAGCUCUUCACGAUAUGAUGAUUAUGAUCGAUAUAGACGUUCUCGAAGCCGAAGUUAUGAAAGGAGGAGAUCAAGGAGUCGCUCUUUUGAUUACAACUAUAGGAGAUCUUACAGUCCUAGAAACAGUAGACCGACUGGAAGACCACGACGUAGCCGAAGCCAUUCCGACAAUGAUAGAUUCAAACACCGAAAUCGAUCUUUUUCAAGAUCUAAAUCCAAUUCAAGAUCACGGUCCAAGUCCCAGCCCAAGAAAGAAAUGAAGGCUAAAUCACGUUCUAGACCAAACUGCAGCUGGAAUACCCAGUACAGUUCUGCUUACUACACUUCAAGAAAGAUCUGAAAGCGGAAAAAAGAACCAAAGAAGGGCAGUUCAAGCGACCAAAGGGUGGGUGGAAGGUGCUGCAGUAUGAAUACUGUACGAAUAUUUUGACUCUGGUCUGAAAAGAUAAAAGAAUUAUCGAAAACUACAUGGAAUAAUUGAAGUCCCUUCAAGUUUGAAAGUAAGCAUUUUAGGACAAAUAAAAGGAAAUUCAACUUUGUACUUGUGGAAACUAAUCCCUAAAUAUGAACAGGUAUAUUGACUCAUGGGUGGCAGAUCCAUGAUAAGUUAUUGGAAACUAGGAUGUCUGAAUAUCAAGGAAGACAGCCAUAGUCUCUAACAGUGCCUCUCUUGGUCUGUCUCAAACUAAAUUGGAUGGUAAAGGUAUGGUCCAAUAUAAAGUUUUUCUUGAUUAUCUCUUAAAAGUCAGUUCCACUUACGCCAGUGUUGGCAGGUCUUGCCUUUGUUUAUUCCAGUGCCAGUAUUUUCUGCUUAACUGUUUGUUUUGUUGGCAUCUGAAUUUAUUUACUUGUAUACCAUGUGCAGUUUACAUCUAACCACUCCUUCCCAGGUUAAUUCCACUUAUACUUGACAUCCAACCAUGAGGGCCCAUCUCUUUCUCACCUCUUGCCUAGACAGUAUGUUCAACAGACAUUUAUUGAAUAAAACUUUACUGUGGGCAAAACAUUAUACUGGAUAAUUGGAAAAUAGUUACUUAGUAAGUACCUACUGAGCACAAUCUAGUGAAUCAUUACAGUAUGGCCACAUUUUGAGGUGUAUUGUGAUAUUUCAUACCAUUCAUAUACUAAUAUAAUUACAGAACAAUACACUAUCAAAGAUAAGUAAUUUUAUGGUUGUCUGCCAUUUAAAAUUAUCUAGUAUUUGUAUCCAUGACUACAAAUAAUGAAGAAAACCUAUGAUAAGCAGAUUUAUUGUGCAGUGAUUAAUAUACUAGACUAAUUACUAAAUUGUUAACUUCUGGCUCAGACAAAUAGAUAAUCCCAAAAAUAACAAACAUUUAACUUUGCAUUAAAACAGACCCUGGGUGCUAUAAUUAGAUUAUUUUGAGGCAGACAGCUGUUACCACAAUGGACUUAGUAUAUUCUGUAUUGGAAAAAAAAAUGUUUACCAGGUUAGACUUUUUAGUGAUCUACUUGUACAUUUUUUAGGGGACAUAUUCUGUGUAUAGUUAAUAACUUUAUAGUGUCGCAAAAUGUUUUAGAUUCCUUGGUUCCUUGUUAGGAUAUUAACUUGUUUAUCAUAACAUUGAUUCCAUCACAUUUGAAUUUUUGUUGUAUUUUUGCCACAUAUUUAAAACAAUGUCAAAAUCUGAAAUCUGGAAACAGUGUAAAGCCUUUAUAACAAUUUAUAAAAUGUAGUAGGAUUACACAUAAAUGAAGGGAGGUAAAAAUGAAGGUUAUUUUAUCUGUGUUAAAAGCAAACUUUUUUCAGCCUGCCCAAACUUAAAAAGGCAGCAGGUACCAGGUGAGAAUUUUAAAUUUUGGCUUCAUUUUUGUUGCUGUUUUUAUUUUGAAUCAAGUUGGAAAUGCUUUUAUAGUUUUAUUUUCAAGGACACAAUAAAAACUGAUAAAAACUGAAUUUAGCAUUUAUUUCAAGAUUACAAAUGAUGUGUUUUAUACCAUUACAAAAUCAUUAGCAUUGGAUUGGUUUUAAAGAUAGAGGUUCUGUGUAUUUAACAGUUAUCUGUGCAGUUCAUGGGUGUUUUGUUCUCUACUCCCCCUCUCCAUUUCCUUUCAGAUUGAGCUUAAGGGAAGAGAGAAAUUGUGUGUUCUCGUGAGGAUUUUGUUUUGUUUGUUAAUUGUACUAUUUGAGUUUUAGGAGUUUCAUUUGCGGGAAUAUAACCUUGUUCAUUUAUAAGUACAGUAACAGUACUUGACAGCUCUUAAGUUUUAAGUGUGGUAAAAUAGAAAAGGCCCCUGUGGUUUGGGUAGCUGUGAAUUGUUUUAGUCUGUCUACUGUGGUUUCCAUGUAUAUUAAAGGCUGUCAAUAUUACUAAGCACUUGCUGUGCCAAGUUGUAUGUUUUCCAGAUAUUCCUGCUUAACCUUAAAUCACUUGUUUUCUGUGGGAUGCCCACCAUGUGGACAGGAACUUUUGCAUACAUACAUUCAUUUCUUACUACCUUCUAACAUUACUAGAUAAAAAGUGGAUUAAGUGUAUUCCAAGAUUUAUAGGCUGUUUGGAGCUUGGGUGCUCCAAGCUGGCUUUUCCAAACUUCAGUUUGAGUCUGUGUUGUUGUGCUUUUUUUUUUUUUUUUUUUUUUUUUUUUUAAAGCCAUGUUCCUUUUUAUAAAAUACUGAGAUUAAAAACUGUUACUUGAGCAAUAGCCAGGAAUCAGGAUCAUCAAAGCCUUUAGGUGUCCCAGAAAAGAAAUGUUCUCAAUUUUCAGUGAUGGCCUGAUAGGUGAAUUAAACAACUUGGUCUUCAAUGACUCUUUUCUCUUAGAUGUUUUCCUCUGUCUCUUCCUCCAACAGUGUUGGUUAUUAAUGUUUGUAUAUUUGUAAAGCUGGUUCACCAAUCACCCUGUGUUAAAAGUGGAGGGUUUUUUUGUGAAGUGGGGGGGGAUAAAAAAGUUGAGGCAUGUAAACUUUCAUUCGUAAUAGUAGUUUGUAAAGAAGUAAAAGAAAGGCCUUUGUAAUCCAGGUUUUUUUUCAGAUCACAUUUCUUUGAAUGCUGGAGAGUAAAAUAAACUGGUCUAGGUGCUCUAAAA